AUGCCUGGGACUAAGAAGUCCCAAUGCUGCGAUCCAUGUCGAGAUCUUCACCAUAAAUGUGCGUCCAUCCGUUCCCCGAACGAGUUCCUCGCUAAUGACCUGCAGGUGACGGAAUUGUGCCAAACUGCAGCCGAUGUGUUCGCACCGGACGCACAUGUACACGGGGUCGACGAGAGACAAGGUUCCGACAGGCAAAGGGUCGAUCUACUUGACUUCGUGCUCGAAUCUGGUAGCGGAGAGCCAGAUGAUUUGACCGAGAGACCGUCUGAUAAUCCGUCACCGGGGAGGGGAUCGGUUGGUGAUGCCGACUCGGUGCCUCUGUCAGGGAGGCCUUCUUCCACUCUACCGCAAUACCAUGGCAAUGGUCAACAAACACACGCGAAGAGAAGCGGUCGACUCUCACCCCUGUCGAUGGGCGAUAUCUUGGAACGACCACACCAGCCUCGAUCCUGGCCAUUGAGAGAUCCUCAGGAGGCACAUCUCUUGCAGCAUUUUGUGGACAAGAUCGCACCGUUUUUCGAUUGCACCGAUCGCCAACAGCAUUUUGCUGUCCACAUCCCGUAUCGCGCCCGUCGAUGUGAGACGCUAUUCAAUGCAAUCCUCGCCAUGUCAGCACGUCACUUGAAUCGCACCACCUCUUUCGAUCCUUUCGCCUCGGAUCAUUACUAUCAAGCAUGUUUGGAGAAAUUAAUCCCUGCGCUGGAUGAUCACGGCGUCACAAUGGAUGACGACUUGCUCGCUGCGACGGUCAUUUUACGUUUGCUGGAAGAAUUUGACGUUCCACUGGCGGGGUCUGACCUUCGUGGCCACUCGUUUGGAACAAAAGCUUUCAUUCAGGGCCCGGCCUCGAUGACCACGACUCCAAGUCUACGCCAAGCUGUCUAUUGGAGCGGUCUUCGCCAGGAGAUUUACAAUGCACUCAGCCUCCAACAAGCGCCCGAUUUCGACAUGAGCUCCCUGAACUCCUACUUUAGCCCACUGGGGCCAGAUGCUUGUGACUGUGCAUGGGCAAACCAGGCAAUUGCGCAUUGCGCGGAUGUCUUGGUAUUUUGUUUCGGGCAAGCUCAUCGCUCGGCUAUUGUGCACGCAGAGCUCAAAGCACAGAAUCAGCAAUGGAAUGAGACGCGUCCUGAUUCCUUCGACCCAUAUUUUGUCGGCGACGAGGUGGAGGUCGGGACCACCUUUCCUGACAUUCGUUUCAGGUGUGCUUGGCAUGCAACUGGCAAUCAGUACAACGAUCUUGCGCGGAUUCUUCUGUCUGUGCACGACCCAAGUGUGCCGACGGUUGGACCUUUGCGCAGGCGUCUCGUUCAGGAAGUAGAUGAUCAAAUUCGUCAAAGGGUUUGGACGGUAUGCGGCGCUGCAUUAUCCAAUGCCUCUGUUGCCCCAGCCAUGGUUGUUGGGUGCAUGGCCAUUCACCUCUGUGGUGAUCGGUUCACGGACCCACAGCAACAAGACCUUUUGAUUCAUGUUCUUAUCCGAAUGGAUGCGCUCCAUGGCUGGCCAACUGAUGCGCUCCAGCGACAGCUUCGUGAGACCUGGGUCGUGCGCUGA